GUGGGAAGGUUGACAGGUGCGGUGGUCAUGGAGUGAGGCGAAGGCGAGCGAAGGUUUCCCCCCCCCCCCCCCCGCUUCAAGCCGGGUGCCGAUCAUGUGGCUGAAACCCGAGGAGGUGCUGCUGAAGAACGCCCUAAAGCUAUGGCUGACGGAGAAAACACACAAAUACUUCGUCUUGCAGCGUCGCAGAGGCUACGGCGAAGGGGGCGGCGGACUAACCGGCCUCCUUGUUGGGACACUUGAUACAGUGUUUGAUUCAACUUCUAAAGUAGCUCCAUAUCGCAUUUUACAUCAAACGCCAGAAUCCCAAGUUUAUUGGUCCAUUGCUUGUGGAGCUAACAGUGAAGAAAUAAAUAAGCACUGGGAAUGGCUGGAACGUAAUGUGAUGGCAAUACUUUCCGUAUUUGACAGCAAUGAAGAUAUCACUAGUUUUGUUCAGGGAAAAAUACGGGGGCUAAUAGCAGAAGAGUCUCAAAGUGCAUCAAUAAAGGAGGAAGAUGACCCUGAGAAAUUUCGUGAAGCCCUGUUGAAAUUUGAUAAGUGGUUUGGGCUGCCUGAGCAAGAGAAGCUGGUGACCUAUUACUCAUGUAGUUACUGGAGUGGUCGGGUACCAUGCCAAGGUUGGCUGUAUCUCAGCACCAACUUCCUCAGCUUCUAUUCCUUUUUCCUAGGCAAAGAAGUUAAGAUUAUCAUUUCCUGGGAUGAAAUAUCAACACUUGCGAAGACUAUGAAUGUCAUCCUGUCUGAGAGUAUACACAUUUGCUGUCACGGAGAAGAUUAUUAUUUUUCAAUGUUCGUGCAUUUGAAUGAAACCUUUAUGUUGAUGGAGCAGCUCGCAGAUUUUGCUGUAAAGAGAUUAUUUGACAAGGAAGCCUUUGAGACUGAUGUAUCACUCAGUGACCCUUUACAAAUAACAAAGAGAGGUCUGGAGAAUCGAGCGAGGAAUGAAUAUUUCACAGCACUCUUCAGGCUGCCCAGGGAAGAGAGUCUGGAUGACAUACUUGACUGUUUUCUUUGGAUUCCUUUUUGUCAUGCCCAUGCAUUUGGGAAAAUGUUCAUUUCGGAUAAUUACAUAUGCUUCAGUAGCCAAGAUGGGAGUCACUGCAAUGUUAUCAUUCCGUUGCGGGAGGUCAUGGGCAUGGACACGCCAGACAGCUCAGGCAAACACAUCUCUUUCAGUACUAGAUGUAAAAUAACCUUCCGCUUCAUUGAAAUAAAGGACAGCGCUGGCCUUGUGAAGAAACUGAAAGGGAAACUGCACUGUGGCGCAAGUGCACAGCACACUUUGGGGAUUGAAGAGGAAUCAUGCCCCAAGAGUUCUCAGGAAGACAGCACCUUCUUUGGGCAUGAUGGCCCUUCACCUUCAUUUACUGGUGAUCAAUCCAGUGCACUGCUUAAAGAAAGCAGUAAAACAGUUAAUACUGAAGCAUUGAUGAGAGUCUUUCACCCACAAGAGGCAGAAAAUCUGGAUUCAAAAAUGUUGAAAGAAAAGAUGAAGGUGCAAUCAUGGAACAUUCAUUUUGUAGAAUAUGGUCAUGGAGUGUGUAUGUUUCGCACUAAAAAGACUCGAGAUCUGGUAAUGAGAGGAAUUCCAGAAGCCUUAAGAGGAGAACUUUGGUUACUGUUCUCGGGUGCAAUUAAUGACAUGGCUGCUCAUCCUGGCUAUUAUGCAGAGUUAGUGGAAAGGUCAAUGGGUACCUGUUCCUUGGCUACUGAUGAAAUAGAACGUGAUCUGCAUCGUUCACUGCCUGAACACCCAGCAUUCCAAAGCGAUACAGGCAUUUCUGCACUGAGAAGAGUUCUCACAGCCUAUGCAUCUCGGAACCCUAAAAUAGGCUACUGUCAGGCAAUGAACAUUCUGACAUCUGUUUUACUGCUUUAUGCUAAAGAAGAAGAAGCCUUUUGGUUACUCGUUGCUGUCUGUGAAAGAAUGCUUCCAGAUUACUUCAAUCGGCGAAUAAUUGGUGCUCUGGUGGAUCAGGCAGUUUUUGAAGAAUUUAUUAGAAGCCAUCUUCCUCAGUUGACUGACCACAUGACAGACAUGACUUUUUUUUCAUCUGUCUCUUUGUCAUGGUUUCUCACUAUCUUUAUUUCUGUGUUGCCCAUUGAGAGUGCAGUAAAUGUCGUUGAUUGCUUUUUCUAUGAUGGUAUUAAGGCAAUCCUGCAGCUGGGGCUGGCAGUUCUAGAUUAUAACAUGGAUAAGCUGCUGCUCUGCAAAGAUGAUGCUGAAGCGGUGACUAUCUUAAACAAGUUUUUUGAUAAUGUUACUAACAAGGACAGUCCUUUGCCACCAAUGACGCAUCAUCCUCCGAUAGGCAGUGACACCCAGGAUCCUCAAACUAAAGUGGACAUAACUGAGCUUAUUGGGGAAUCUUAUGAGAAAUACGGUGAUAUCCAAUCAAUGGAAGUUGAGAGUAUGCGACGUAGGAACAGGUUGUAUGUGAUUCAGACUCUAGAAGACACCACUAAACAGAAUGUGCUGCGGGUUGUAUCUCAGGAAGUGAUGUUCAGCCCUAAAGAACUGGAAGACCUCUUCGAGCUGUUUAAGAAGGAGCAUUUUUUAAGUUGUUACUGGAUUCCACACAGUCCGGCGCUCAAGCACCAUGACUCCAGUCUCCCAUACCUAGAGCAGUACCAGAUUGAUAGUAAGCAGUAUUGCAUGCUGUUCAGGCACCUGAGUCCAUGGUCCCAGUCUGCAAAUGCAGACUCGUUAGCUCUAUGGAGUUUCCGGCUUCUGGAUGAGAACUCUGACUAUCUCAUCAAUUUCAAAGAGUUUUCAUGUGCCCUAGAUGUGAUGUACAAUGGAUCUUUUACAGAUAAACUGAAAUUACUUUUUAAAUUACAUAUUCCACCAGCAUUUACGGAAGUUCCUGCAGCUUCCAAACACCCAGAACAUUUUGAUGAAGCAAUGACUCAUGGUGAUCACCUCGAUGGGAGUAACAAAGGGAAGGUUGAUAUCCAAGCCUAUUUGAAACAGUGGCAUGAUGAGCUGACACGGAAAGAAGAAAGUAUCCGAAACUUGCCACGGAUAAAUCAGUCACAAUUCGUUCAGUUCUCCAAGACGCUGUAUAAUCUGUUCCAUGGAGAUCCGAAUGAGGAGGCACUUUAUCGAGCUAUAACAACAGUCACUGGCCUCUUGCUUCGAAUGGAGGAAGUGGGGAGAACGCUGAACAGUCCAAACUCUCCCAUCCCAAGUAAACAAGGUACAAUUCAAGAUUGCCAAAGUGGUGACAGUAUUCAGGACAACCAGACACUAAACAAAGGUGAAGAUGUUGUCCAAGAAGCACAAGCUGAGAUUGAAUGGACCUUUGCCUUCGAACAGAUACUGGCAUCACUGUUAAAUGAACCAGUUUUGGUCACAUUUUUUGAAAAACAUGUAGAUGUAAAGGCAAAAAUAGAACAAGCUAAAUCUGUUCAACUGAGGGCUAAGAGACAGCCGAAUGCCUUUGACUGAGAUUGCCCUGUGGUCUCAUUUGUGACAUUAUGCCAUGUUCUGCUAUUGUGAUGAUGCAACAGCCAAGUACACACAUACAAGCCCUGAAAUUUCUGCUGGCGAUGAAAGCAGACAAAUGCAUAACCUGUUUUGUAUGACAUUUCACUGUUAUUUUAACACUGGCUUUAACUUGUUUAACGUCUCUGCUAAAAUGGCUUAAAGGAAAGUUGCACAAAUGCUCACAGCAUUUUAUCUGCUAAUAAGAUCAAUAGGGAUUUCCAGGCUGCAACCUUAGUUUAUCGUAUAUAAAGCCUGUUCGGUAUACAUGAGCUUUGAACCCCAAAGGGACUGUUGCCCUUCUUGCUAUUGAGGGUUUUAAAAAAAUUUUGUUUACAUGUGCUGAUUUCAGGUAAUCUAAGAAGGCUUGCAAAAUAUGAGAAACUGAAGAUACACUGCAAAUGCUCCUGAUUUGAAACUAAGUUCAGAUUUAAAAUAUCAAACUAUUCCCAAUUUUCUGUGGUAGAAUUUAUCAGAUCAGUGUAUAUCCCUGUGAACUCAAGUUGUGUACUGUGCUACCAGUGCAGGCCUGUAGAGGGUGGCCUUGUAAUUUUCCUGCGCUUGCUAGGAGAUUAUCGGUCAAAAAAACUAUUGCUGUACUUUAUGGAGUCUGAAAUCCAAACUUAAGGGAAUGCGUUUUCCUUAUUUAUACUAAAAGAUGUUUGUUUUUUAAUGUUAUUAAAAAAGAAUUUAUAGCUCGCAGAGUUCAAACAGGAAAGGAAAUCUUUACAGUAAGAUAUGUCCUGUAUUUUUGAAGUAUGCUGCACACUUGUACACUUUCAAAUGUUAUUGUUAACCUAUCUUAGCUUCUUUCCUGCUUUGAGAGUAUUUUUUAUGAAACUUUCCAAAAAUUAGAGUGCAGAGUAUAAAAUAGCAACACUGAAACUAUUGAUUUGCUCUUAAUUCUAAUUUGAAGAUUUAUUAGUAAUUGUAAUCACCUGGCCAAAUGAAGUUAACAAGCAUUUGACUUUGCAGUCCAAAUGUCUUGAAACUUAGCAUUAGUUAUAGAAAUACACCUUGAUUUAAUUGCUUAUGUUCAAUGAAGAUAAUGCAAUGUUCUUAUUAAAGUAAAAUUAACAUGUAUAUAGGCACAUUAAGAAGGUAAAUACUAUAUAUAAAGAGAGAGUAGCAACUCCUGCUUGAGAGCACUGUUAGGAAGUGUUAAUCUCAAAUCCGAAAAGCAAUUUUUUGAAAGUUUGUUUUAUUUUAAGAUUUAAAAAAGAUCUAGUUUUGAAAGAAUUGUUUUUGUGCCAAACACUGAGGCACUUGCUAUGUUGUGUAUGCAGAAUGUGUACUACAUUGACUGAGUCUUUCUGUCCUAAAUUCCUUUUGUUCCUUAUUGUAUUGAAAGCCUCAACUAAAGAGUAGAUUUAAAAUAAAUAUUUUGAUUUCCAGUUCGUUUGGUUUUUACAAAUUGUGUUUUCUAGUUCUUUAUAUUUACUUUCUAAUAAAUAAACACAUGGUUGACAUUC